AUGCUUGGAGAUGAUGGGGUAGUUACUUAUUUCAAUAAUCCCCAAAUCCAAGCUUCCCUUUCUGCUAACACCUUUACAAUUACCGGUCAUGCAGAAGCCAAACCAUUCACAGGAAAGGUUCCUGAACUAUCAUGUCAGCUUGGUGCUGACUGCUUAACAAGCUUUCGGAAGUUAGCAGAACAAUUCCCUGGGCGAGUGUUGGAUAGCAAAGGCCCCAAACCAGAAGACAUUGAAGAGGAAGAUGAUGAUGUUGUUCCACAUCUUGUAGAAAAUUUUGAUGAGGCAUCAAACAAGGAAGCUAACUAAAAUCUUUUCUGGUUUUUGGAAGCUGGCAUGGACUAGACUGAACAAAUCAGCUAUGUGGCUCCAAAGUUUUACCGACACAAAAAACAUCAACUGUUACUACUUCAGUAAUACAAAUAUUUUGUAUAUUCACAAUGCUGUUUGUUCAGCAUUUCCAUCAUUUGAUUUUGCACUUCCUCCUAGUAUCUUUUCUUUUGGUCAGAAUAAGUAGUAUUGGUGCACUUUGAGGGUGUUUUGAUUUUUGAUUCUUGGGUUGUUGUUUUUUUGUUUGGGGUAUUUUUGGUGUGCAUUUGUAUAUGUUUUUGUAUGUGUGUGGGUAUGUGCGUACACACUGGAGAGCAAAUUGGAAAACAGUUCUAUUUAUCCUCCUCUUUUCCCCAGUAGAAAUAAAACACA